GCUACCUUCAACCUUCAACCUUCAACCUUCAACAACAAGAUGGAGGAUAGAAGAAUACAGUCUCGUAAUUCAUCCAUGCCUCUGGUGUCUAGGUUGGAUCAUUUGGAUUUUAUUAUGAAGUAUUUGGAAAGAAACCAAAAAUUAGGAAAAUUGGGCAGCAAGAAGGGAUCGAGGAGUGGUGCAAGACUGAAGCGCCAAUGCCUGCCAAUGGAUUUGGCGAUGAAGGAGACUUACUUCAAAGGGUCACUGUUGAAUCGAGUGACAGCUCUUGAGCAUAAGUUUCUUCAGCUCUGCUUAGAGAUGGAAUUCAGUAGCUCAUCAUCAUGCACUUCAACACAAACAUCUGGGGAUACCUACUGGAGCCAUACAUCCAAGGGCGAAUCAUCUCUCUCGCUCCCAGCUUUUACCACCAACCCACUUCAGAUUCACAAUGAAAGACUAUCCCAAGUCCAUUCCUCUAGGCUUGAAAUUGAGGAAAACCCUGAUAGAGAACUUCUAAAACAGAAACCUUUGAGUACCUGUCCUGCUCAGCAGCAGCAACUAAUUAGGAAGAAGAAUAGGACCAAUAAGGAUGAAAAGUCUAGCAAAAAUGGCAAGAAGAAAAUCUCUUCCAGUUGGCCAUCCUGGAAAUUAUUAGGCUGCAGCGAGUCCACUAUUUCUUUAAGCUCUCCACUUUUUGGAUAUUAGAAGUUUGCUCCUCUAACCCUCUUUCUUUUUCUUCCUUCUAUUUUUUA